AUGAACGUCCGGUUUUUCGGGGGGGGUCAGGAGGGGGAAGAGAAAGAGGAAAACUCGGAGAGUGACGAGGAAGAAGGGGAGCAGUCCAGCAAAUGCGUUUCUGCCUUCAAAGACUUCACAUCUGCUGUGUUUCCCAACACUUAUCCCCUCAUUUGGCUGGCCUUACCCUUUGCCGUUUGCGCCGUGCUGUCCGCCGCCUCCUUCGGCAACAACACCGAUACGGAAGAAGGGGGCCUUGUGGUGAAGCAUAUGAGCACGAGGGAUCUGACAUUUCAAGGAGUAGUCGUCCUCAUCUUCAUUUCGCUAAUCAACACGGCAGCCUGGCUAGGGUGUAUGUUGGCGAGGGCUAUAUUUUUGACUAUAAUUGUGAAUAUUGGCCUCUACCAGAAACAAAGCGUCUCCUCCUUGCUGACGACAGUCGAUCCCGAAUUGAUGUAUUUCCUCUGGAGUGUUGGCAUGUACAUCUUCUGGCAAAGAAACGUACGACCAGGUAAAGGACACAGAAGUGCUGAGGUCCAGCCGCUGGUGGGGGCUUUCGAUAUUCUUGGCUGGAAGAUGUUUUGUGUGAAGGACAUCGACGCGACAAAGUCAACAAUCCAGUUAUAUGACACUUCUUUAUUUGGACAAUCUUUGUUCGUCCUGCCUUCCAUCGCCAAAUGCCAGAGUGUCCUCAGUCUUCUAAUUAUCCUUUUGGCUGCUCGGCGGCUUGUGCAAAGUAUCAUGAUUUUUUACUUCGAAUUGGGGUUUAUGGCCAGCAUGAACGGUCAGGUUGUCAAGUACCUUACCAAAUAUGCAGCAUUAAGGAAGCUCAACACCAAAUGGGCUGCAUAUCAUCUGUGUAAGGAUACCCUCUCCCAAGCUUCGUGCGACGGCACGAGCCAAGAAGAUGACGAAGGGGGGGGAGGGCUCCGAAGCGCAGAGUUAAAAAGAGGCAGAAGCAUGGUGUCCGUCACCUCCAGGACUUCGCGCUUCUCACGGCACCCUUCCUUGAGAGUCCCCACUAGAGCGCUUCCGUCUCUUGUUCUCGACAAGCCGGAGUUGCCGCCUCCUCCAUGCUCAGCUAAGGUGGGAAAGGCAAACAUCAGUAGGUGUAAACAUUUUGGUGGACGGUUUGUUGACCGCACUGUCCGCAUAAAUUAUUUUCGUUUUCGCUUCCAAGAAAACAAGAAUAUCCAAAGUCGGGAGCUGCGAGGACAAGCCUUCCAUGCCGACAUUGCUGCACCCUUCGGUAUUGCCUAUGUGAUUGUCUCCGUCUCGGUGCGACUGGAUGUGUGCCACGCUGAAGUCGCUCUGCCAAAAAGUCUACCGAGUCAGCUGACAAGGUCAUCUAUAGAACGCUGCAAGCAGAGCCGAAUUCACCACUGGUUGCUGCUGCAGUACGUCGCGGUCUUUCCCCCGGCCGUAUUCUUGCAGGGACAGCGCAUUGAGGUGGACUCGAAGGCGAGGGCUCGAGAGGUCUCGGACCGCCUGUUCUACGCUCUCGCGAAGGACGCUUCAGAACUAGCAGCAGAGCAACAACCGUUUAGAGACUCUCCCUCCAAUAUGAGGCCCAAAGGAACCCCUUUCCUCAAUGAUUUUCAUCAUACCAACAAACAACAGCAGCACAGCGAACAAGAAAGAACAGUUACUUGGCUAGGAAGCCCAGAGCUUCAGAAAGUUGUCACCAUAGACCCGACAGAGGAGGUUUGUCGGACAGGAGCAGCAGCAGCAGCAGCUGGAGCAAAUGCGGCGGCCACUUCUGCGACAGUUGCGACAUCAAUGGCAACACCUGAAGGGACGCCAAACUCUGCAGAAGUCUCUGCACCGAUUCCCAACAACAGCACCGCCUCCACAGAUCCAGCUGGGGAGGGUGAUUGCAACACGCGACUCAAUUCAUCCUGUCCUCCUUCUGUAUCGUUGCAAGCCUCCCUGCAAGGUAACUCUUCUUAUGAAGGCGAAGGGCUCUGUCCCCAAAGCGAGGCCUCUGCCUCCGUCUCUGAGGCAGCCUCUGUCUGCUCCACGCACAAAGACGGACAACGAAGCGCUGGUAAACGAAUCGCAGAGAUACUCGGUGCCACUACCGCUCCUGCUUCCGCUGCUCCUGCUGCUGCUUCGGGAAGCAGCAGCAGCAGCAUUAUACGCGCUGGCCGCCAAAACCUCGUCCCCGAGGCUACAGAAAAGGAUGAGGGGCCACAGAGGGACAAGGAAGAUCACAAUGCGGAAGGCUCCGACAGGGUUGCCUGUGGCGGGGCGGCACGGAGAGGCAACACGCAGCACAUAUCAACCCUGACUUCGUUUAAUAUUGCAAUCAGGGCGCCUUCACUGGACAAGGAACAGAACGAGCAUAAGCAGGGACCGAAAUUUGCGCCAGAUACUCAACAAGGCGUCUCCGUGCCGGUGGAGAGUGGUGGAUUCGCAGCUGUCUCGACGGGACCACGUGCUCACCCCACUUCCAAGCAACGCACCCAACAGCCGCAGGCCGCCAGCGCAUAUGCGUCUGCCUCCGUCGGCGCACGCGCUCGAGAGAAGGGAUGUGGGAUGGACAAAAAGGACGAGGAAGGAGUUGAGAUGACAGCGGCCUCAGCGACGUCACAGCCACCACUACAGAUUGCAGCCCACCGUGUCAGCAGUACAACACAUGAUGAAAGCCUAUCAGUCGCCAAGGAGUUGUGGAGAACAUCCUGUCCUUCGGUGCCUCCAUACCAGCGAGACCCCAGUCUAGAAAGCGGGCCAUCGUUUACGUACGCUUCAGAUAACGACAUGGUAAAAGAAGCCAUACGUAGAGAGGAAAGGAAGCCCAAAAGCGGGGAUUCGAAGGAGGAGGUGCCACAUGACGAAAGGCAGAAAAUGACUUCAGAGCUUUUAGGGGCUGUUAAUACCGCAAAUUCUUCGUUCUUCGACGACUAUUCCAGCAGCUGCUUCUUCUCGCGGACCUCCCCAAGCGCCUCGGACUGUCACCUGGCAGCCGCAUCGAGCGCUAGUGGUGAACGCGUUGGACCUACAGGAGCCUCCCGCCGUCUCCUCGACCCCAGCAGCGCGGGAGAAGAGGACUAUUUCCCUGUCCGAAGGAGACGCCGUGCCUCCAAGCGAAACAUGCCUGAAUACUUCACACGAUCGUUCGUCGAAAUGUUCCUGAAGGAAGACGAAGUGGAGGAGUUCAUGAAGCUCGUCGACCUAGCAGGGCACGGGAAAAUAAACCAGCCGAUGUUUAAGAGGGCUGUUGUCUCCAUCUAUAAGAUGCGGAAAGCUCUCCUUAAGUCCCUCACGAGUCAGGCGAGCAUUUGCAAGACAGUUCAAAGAAUGAUUUCAGUGGUUUUGUGGGUGGCAACUCUCGUUGCGAUGUUGCUGGUAUUCGGAGUCAACCUGAACACCGUGCUAGUCUCCGGCGCUGCGUCGAUAUCCGCCUUAGUCGUCGCAUUGAGUUACAUUUACCAGAAUUUCAUAACUGCUGUCAUUUUUGUGGCGUUUACGAACCCCUACAACGUCGGUGACAGGGUGCGCAUUGACAACGGGGAGGCUAUGUAUGUCCGAAACAUCCACACCUAUACGACGGAGUUCGUCACGAUCCAUUCCAAGCCGAUAGUGUACAGCAACAGCGUGCUCUUUGGCCGUCAGCUGACAAACGAGUCUCGCGCCACAAAUGCCACGUUCUCAAUGCCGAUGCGCCUAGACAUCCGCACGCAACUACAGUCCCUGCGAUUUUUGGAGGCGGGGAUGCGUAGGGCAAUAGCUGCUCGACCCAUGGACUUCGUCAAGGACUCCUUCAGCAUCUACAUAACGGACGUGCAGCCAGGACGGUGGAUGGAUAUAACUGUUUGGCUCAGUGCAGUAGAAGGGUGGGGUAAUGCUCCCAAAGUGUUGCGGCUACGGACGGACAUGUACCUCGUGCUGCAACGUUUGUGCCAACGAUUCGGAAUAUCUUACCAAGAGCCGUUGCUGCCUGUACAACUCAACGCUACAACACCUACAACAGCACCGGGAGCUGCGCCUGCAAUCUCCAACCCUCAGGCACAGCAAACAGGGGCCCCGCUUCACCACUUUCACUCAUCAACAUCCCAUGGAGCUGCGGCAGAAGAUUUUUACGGGGCUGUGUCUAAUUCGGGGAGUUGGGAGCAGGCUGAGGGCCGCUACAGGGGUAGCCCCCUACUCCACAGCGGCACGCUACUGCAGGAUCUACAGUGUGACCCUUCCGAAUUCGCCGGAUCGGAGGCUCCCACCCCUCUUCGUCCUUCAUCUCAGGAUUUUUCAGGAGGGCAACUGAAGCGGAGGCGGCCAAAUGCAGCUCAGGAUCCCAGCCAAAUUCGUUGCAAAAAAACUUCAGCAACAAGCUGCAAUUGCUGGUAUCAAGACGAGAAAGACGGGAUUCGUGGACAGUUUAAGAAGACCUCGAAAUAUCCUCACAGCCUCAACGAAUUCGGGAGGCGGUGGCUGCAGGUUGGCAACCACAGCGAAUGCCAUCAUAUCGAUCUAGGCGUGUGGACACAGCUGUACAGGGAAAUGCAUUUCCGAGAAGACGACGCCGGGGGUCAGUACUUCGGGACGACGGUGCAUCUUCCCGUUAACUCGAAAGAGGGGCUUUGA